AUGGAGGCGGUUUUUAUUUCAGGCGCUCAAGGAUUGAACACUGAUGGCCUUGGCGAAGGAGGAGAUCUUGGUCGCAGGAAUCGACACCAUUCGAUUGACGCCGUCGGGCGUUCUUUUUCGUCUUCGGCGCUCCGCGGAAGGUAUUCCCCUGAAGGACGAAUUCCUCGGGGACGCUUUAACAGCGAUCUUGGAACCGGCGCCUUUGAACAGGCAGCGAAAUUUCUGAGGCCAGAGAAAAUCUCUGUAUAUCCUCUGUUGGGAAGAUCAGCCAAAAGACGAAGAGAGCGAGUCAAAAUCAAUGUCAGUGGAAUGAUCUAUGAGACUCUAGAGUCAACACUAUCACGCUUUCCGGAUUCACUUUUGGGAUCUCCAAAAAAGCGGGAAAAAUACUUCGACUCAAAGAAACGCGAAUUCUUUUUCGACAGAAAUCGCAUCGCCUUCGAUGCUAUACUUUAUUUUUAUCAGUCGUACGGUAAAUUGCUCCGGCCGGCCGAAGUUGACCGAAAAGCGUUUUUAGAUGAAAUUCAAUUUUUUGAGUUGGGGGACGAUGUUAUUGAACGCUUUAAAGCGUUAGAAGUGAGCGUGGAACCGGAAUCUGGACCGAUGCCCGAGAAUCCGUUACAGAGAAAAAUAUGGGAAGUAAUGGAACUUCCCCAUUCAUCCCUUCUUGCCCAGAUUGUAGCCAUAUGGUCCGUGUUUGUUAUCUUGCUGUCAAUUGUAAUAUUUUGCAUUGAGACUUUGCCGCGUUUCCGGGAGAGCCGAAAUGACAAAAACUCAGCGCUUUACGGCUUAGAGAUGUUCUGCGUGGCAUGGUUUACUGUGGAGUACGUUGUACGCCUGCUUGCCGCACCUCAAAAACUGCGAUUCAUUCGCGGCUUUUUGAACAUCAUUGAUCUUAUUGCCAUAUUGCCUUAUUACAUUAUAUUGGGGCUGUCGGCAGGUGGAAAUGGAAAAGAUUCUGGCUCGUCCGUGGCCUUCUUUCGAAUCCUUCGCUUAGUCCGAGUUUUCCGAAUUUUCAAGCUUUCUAGACAUUACCGAGGACUGAAGAUUCUUGGCAUGACUUUGAAAGCAAGCCUGCGAGAACUUCUUCUACUGUCAUUUUUUUUACUCAUGGGAGUCAUAAUAUUUUCCAGCGGGGUUUACUACGCUGAGAGCGCUAAUUUUGGAAGUAUCCCAGAAGCCUUUUGGUGGUCAGUAGUUACCAUGACAACGGUAAGUAUUACCAUGGCAACCUUGACUCGUCGGACAGCUUCACUCAUCACCUUUCAUCUCGCUUUCGGUGAUUGGCUGGCGAUGAUUAUUUCUUUGCUUCAAUCUGCGAACAGUGAUAAUCUGAGAGAUAAUUAAAUUCAAAAAGUUAAAGAGCUAUCUAAAUUGAAAUACAUGAUUCCCUUAAAUGAAAAAUGAUUUUCUUAAUUUACAAUUCCCACAUUUGCAAAUCACGUUUAGUUGUUAAAACAACUUUGUAGUCUCAAAAACUCACCGCUUUUUUAGAUCAACGCUUUGUGAAUAAGGCCAUUUAAAUCAUGAAUAGAAAUCGUGCGACCCGCAGUUUGAAAUUUGCAUAAUACAAGUAAAAGCUUGAAUAAAAGUUAAAAGCAAGCGACAGAGGAAAAUUUACCCUAAAAGCUAGACAAAUUAAUAAACAUUUUAAGGUUUUUAUCGCAAAUUCUACUUCAGGCGAUCAGCCUCAAAAACUGGUCAGCCUAUAACAAUUCAGAUAUUUUUGUUGCCAUUCUUUUUCAAAAAAAAUAAUGACUACUGACGUCGAUAUUUCAAAAAGUUAAGCGCAUUUCUUGCCAAGGGCGACUGCAAAACCUACUUACGACAUAUCCCGAUCAUACCUCGUAUGUAGUUUGAAUAGAUUCAUCUUAUCGUGUGGCGUUACCAAACGAAACUGCAAUGUUCUUAAAAACGCGGAUAGGUGGCGGCUAGUAAAAAAUAAUAAAAUGCCUACUGCAAAACGAUAUUUUCAUACAAUUAUACAAGGCCCCAAAACCUCGUUGCGCUAUAUUUAUUUUUUUGUCUCAAAGAAAAAGAAAAAUACAAGGUUCAUCAAAUUUAUCUCACUUUCGCAUUCAGCACCUCGAGUAGCCUGCAGUUAAAAUAAUAUUUACGCGUUAAGUGCGAUGAACAAGGCAUUUCUAUAAGGAUCAAAUUCUGAUUCAGCGUGAAUAGACAAUCGAUUAUUUUGAUAUUAAGAAGUUGAAUUCUUCACCGGAUGUUCAUCUACAAUAUUUUGACUUAUUUUUGGGUAGCUUUCAUAUUUAAAUCAAGGUUGGCGUCACAAUUAAAAACUGAAUAUUUUCCUUUAUAUCACGGCAAAUCUCACACAGUCAUCCACAAAAAGUCUUACUAAGAUUUUUUUCUAUCUAUUCAUUGUCAUCGUGGUUUUAAUUCUCCACCGCAAAAGCUGAAAAAUGUCAUGAAGAUAACAGCGUUUUGGUAUUAUAAAAAAUAAAAAGGUCUUAAUGAUAAGGUGCAAAGCUACCUUUACCAACAUCAAAAGGACUAAAUGAUUUUUAAUUUUUUUAAAAAAAAUUUAAUUUCGCAGAUAUGACACAUUUUUAAGUCAUGUGAACUGAGAAAGCACGUUUGUUAAGAUAACGUAUCAAAUAUAUCUUUUCUUAGUGCUUUUUGGACUGAAUGAUUUGCUAAGUUGCUAAAUUGCUUUCCAAAGCAAAAGUUUGAAAAAUCCUUUGUAUAGUGUUCGCAGACGCCAUUAUUUUCUCGGAGUGGGGUUCUAUUUUUGACCAAGAAAGCACGACGUUUUCAACACUCUUUAUCUUUGGGUGUCACACAGUUUUUUGCCUGUCUUUUUAAAGCCCCUUCUCGUACAAGACAACAAGAAAAGUAUAAAAGUGAAUAAUUCCUUUGCCUCUCGAGAUGCAUGACAUUGUUGCCCUCGAAAUGACAACGCAUGCGAAUGAAACAAAACAAGAUCUUUGAAAUUUGGAUACUAAAAUCGAUAAAAUAUAAUUAUUUUCACUCUAUGGCAGUGAAAAUAAAAACUGGCAAAGUUUUCAUGCACACAAAUUUUUGCAGCUAUUUUCAUUAGAGUUGUUAAGUAACGUCUUAACUUUGCUUAGCUAAGGUCAGUUAAAAAAAAAUUAUUGAAGAGCUGCUAUGGAGCAUGCAAUCAUAGUUUCUUCCUUAUGUGGAAUUACGAUCCGGCUAAACAUCAUCGCUAUUUUGUUUACGAAAGCUAACUUCAAAUUAAGAAUUUUAACACCAAAAUGAAGCCUGGAGGUCAAUUAAGAAAAAGGUCUAUUUGCAUGCGAAGAUAAAAAAAGACGUAAAGGCGUUUUCUUGAAAAUCACUGUUCUAGUUCCCUCAGCGGUGAGUUUCACUCUUUUGAUCAAAGCUUAGCUAGUCUGUCCACAGACGUUUUUCUUUUUCUUGUUUUUCGAUCAAUAAAUCUCUCACGGUUUUUAUUUCCAUACGCGCCCUCGACGCGAUCGAAAUAGAGAAAAUGGAAGGUAUGUGAACAAACUAAAGCCGGCUUAGCUGAAAUUAUAACUAGGUAACGUUAGUCAUCUUUUCUAUUACUUGAAACUGUAAAAGAAAGAUAUCAAACGAUUCUAACAAAGGGAAAAAAGGAUGAUCAGUUUUUGGACAUGUUUCGACAACAUGAUUUUAAAAUGAAAACGUUACCCUCUCCCCCUUUUUUUCAAAGUGGCAAUCCGUUUCCACCCUAGCAAUUGAAAGUCAAAAACAUGCACUUUUAGUUGAGGUAUAUGGUAGUAGAGCAAUCUUACACCAAACGGAACCCUCUUUGAUUCCAAUGUUUUUUAACAAGGUUUUAAAGUAAUACCGAAAAUCGUGACAUAGCUUCUUUUAAAGACAAAACGUGUCUUUCGAUCAAUUAAGAUCCAAACAUAAUGGUACAGUUUUGUUAUUUACGACUAUACUUAGGGCCUCUUCACAUGACCCGGCUGAAAGGUCUAGCUGGCCCGGUUACCGCGACCUAUUUCGCCUUGGGUUCAUAUGAGAAAUUUCAGCCCGGUUUCUGAGAUCAAAAAAGGGCAAAGAUCCUGGGAACGAGUUCUGGCGCGAAAUUCAAGAAACGAAGCAAACGUCGCGAAAUACAAAAAUUUUGACUUUCGCGCAGCCUACUCACCGAGAUCCCGAUUGGAAAAACUGAGAUCUCGGGAACUGAGCUAGCCCGCCCUCUCAUAUGAAGACAUCGAAAAUUUUACAAAUGACUUAGUGGUAAGGCGAGAUCUCGGAAACGGGGCCAGCCCGGUCAAACGGGCUCAUGUGAAGUGGCCCUUAGCCAUUGAAUCUGUUUCCUGUUGUCUUUUGCUUCGGAUAGCAAGAAUGCUCAUGCAUUAAAACUUGAAUAAACUGGGCCAAAUUUUUCCAAGUUUUUCCAAGUUUUAUUGUUAUGCUUUCGAAAAUCACCAAAAAUGUUUAUUACGGUCAGUGGUCCCUGAUGAAAUUGUUUGAUACAUUCUUCAUACAUGCUACAGGAGUAUUUUGUGUAAGGCCCGCCAAAGGUAUACUGAAUUGUAAGUAUAAUCAACCUCUUCCCCAGGGCUUUUCCCGCCCCACCCAUUUUUUAAGGGAAAAGCCCUGGGGAUGAGGUUGAAGUAUAAUGACUUCAGGAAAGAAUUAACUAAAAACAUGAAUAUCCUCAUCAUAUAGCCCUUUUUUAACAUAGUAAACGUCCAUUGUUACUGGCUCACUGUUAUUCUUUGUCUGCUAGGUUGGUUAUGGCGACAAGACACCAACAACAGCAUGGGGAAAGGUGAUUGGCUCCAUGUGCGCAGUCGCAGGAGUGCUUACUCUUGCCUUACCAGUCCCAGUUAUUGUGUCAAACUUUAGCUAUUUCUACACCUUGGACAAGGAAAAGAGGGCCCUGUAUGAAGAGGAUUCCAAGGUUACUAUAUCACGGGAGCAAUCGUCUGCAUCCACAUCUUAACUGAGUCAUUUUUUAAUGCACAGAACACAGGGUGGGUCUAGAGGGUUUCUUGGGGUGCCAGUGCAGGGAACUUCUGAUCCCCUCCAGAUAAAACUUCCCCCUUGUUACCCAAAUAUUCCCUCUUCACUUCAAUACAAACUUUGUAUGCCAGGUGAACACUUCCAGUUAAAAACAGAUCCUACCCUGCCGUGAUGUGGCAAUGAAUUAAUAGUGAGCUAAAGCAAAAACAUUUUUUAAGAGAGUCACGUCAAAGGGAGUAGUCUUUUUGUUUGCCCAAAUUUUCGGAUGAAAUCAGAGUCUCUAUGUUACAUAAAUGUACUGCUAAACAAACUAAGCCAAGGGCGCUUUCCAUUUGUCAGAACUGACCGGCAAAACCAUUCCUUUCGUAAUGAGAAUUUCACUUUUAAUCAAAACUAUCCAGCAAGAUCAGUCAACUCCUUAAAAGUAUGCAAGAAGGAGAUGGUUUUCAGCAGAAACCCUUUGGAAAAAGCCGAUUUCAUUCGCUAACUGACUGGUCCAGCAAUGGUCCGGCCGGCCAGUUUUGA